GCUUGGAGAUUCAACCUUUUAAUUUCCCUCAAACAAUUACUGAUGGAGAAAGGGUAAUUGUUGCUUGCACUACCAAAUCUGGAGCAAGGCCUGGAAAUACUUUGACAUUUAAUUGGUUAAAAGAUGGGAAAACUCUACAGUCUAAAAUUCAAGUGAAGACAUUUGCUGACUUUUCAACAAUUGUCAUUGAUCCAGUUACCGAGAACGACAGUGGGAAUUAUACAUGUGCAGUCAAAAGCAAUGGUCUACAUGAUACUUUCACUGCGUCGCUUAAUGUCAUGGUCCCUCCUCAGUGGGUGUUUAUACCAAAUGACUCAAGCAGCUUUGCUGGAGAUUUUUUGAUUAUCAAUUGCAAAGCAUCCGGAAAACCCCAACCAACAAUUUCGUGGUUGAAAUCUGAAGGCUCAGGCAAAGAAGGAUUUGUAUCGAUUGAUCCCAACGAUAGAAUUCUUUUACCAGCUAAUGGAAGUCUUAUUAUAGCUCGAGUGACUAAGUCCGAUGAAGGACUGUAUCAAUGUUUAGCAGUCAACACUGUUGGACAAGACCUGAAGAAAGUAAUUUCAAUUCAAGUAUCUGAAUAUCCAAAAAUCCAAGCUUUUAGUUUUCCAAAUGACGUUAUUGUUGGUCAGAAAGCUAGUGCAGCAUGUACAGCCAUAUCAGGGGCACCUCCUCUAGAUUUUCGGUGGCUGAAGAACGGCAAAGAACUUUCUUCGGGAGGCCAAAUAACAAUAAGAACACUAGUUGAUGUUUCAGUACUGGUCAUGGAAUCCGUAGACGCUUCGUCUAGUGGAAAUUACACCUGUUUUUUAAGAACAUCUUCUGGUAGUGAUUCGUAUACUGCUUAUUUAGAUGUGAAAGAGCCAAGCAGUUGGACUAACAAGAUCCAUGAUCAAGACUUGAAAGCUGGUGAAAAUGCUUCAAUAUUGUGCAAAGCAAACGGUUUACCUUCGCCUCAAGUGAUUUGGAAGAAAAAAACAGAUGCUGGAGUUGAAGUACUGACUUCUGUUGAGCAUCAAGUGCAAACGCCUGGAGCAAGCAAUUUACUGCUUUUAAAUGCAAAACCUGAAGACAGCAGCUAUUACACUUGUGAAGCAGGCAACAGCGUCGGGAGCAUAAUUUCAAGGGACUAUUUAUGUCAAUAUCUUGGAAAUCAUGCUGUCCUUUCAACCCUUAUGGCGUCUCUGGUACUCUUGGUUCAAGACUCGGCGAAAGGAGAUAGCCUUCAGAUACAACCCUUUUCCUUCCCAUCAAAAUCCAUUGUUGGAAGGAGGGUUAGUGUCACGUGCACGCCAAUAAGUGGAGAAAAAAUGGAAUUCAAAUGGUAUAAAAACAAUAACGAAUUAUUAAAAAGAAUGAAUAUUGACAUCAGAUCUUUUUCUGAUCUAUCAACUCUUGUGAUUGAUCCCUUAGCAGAGGAAGAUACUGGAAAUUAUACUUGCACUGUUAAUGCAAGAGGACAAACUGCAAGUUUUACAACAAUUCUGGAAGUCUUAGUUCCACCUACAUGGAUGAGUACACCAGAAGACGUUGAUGCUUUAAAUGGUGAUUCCAUCACAUUAAAUUGUAAAGGCAUUGGCAAACCAUUGCCAACAGUUGUGUGGUACAAAGCACAAAUUGACGGUCUGGAUUUUAUUCCUAUAUCUUCUCUGAAUAAUCCUAAAAUUCAAUCAAACGGCAGCCUCACCUUGACUGCAAUUGAGAAAGAAGACGAAGGCACUUACAAAUGCAAUGUAUCAAAUGGUAUUGGUUCGCCUCUUCUGAAAACUAUUGCUGUGCGUGUCAUAGGGCACAGUCUACGCAUACAACCCUUUUCAUUUCCUUCCAAAUCGGUCAUUGGAACAAGAGUAAGUGUCAGUUGCACACCAACCUCGGGAGAAAAAAUAGAUUUCAAGUGGUUCAGAAAUGGCAAGGAAUUAUCUAAAAGAAUGAACUUGGACAUCAGAUCUUACCCCGAUCUAUCGACACUUGUCAUAGACCCUUUGACAGAAGAUGACAGCGGAAAUUAUACGUGUAUUGUCAACUCAAUGGGAUUCACAGGAAGCUACACAACUAUGCUUGACGUUUUAGUUCCGCCUUCCUGGAUCGAAGCUCCAAAUGACAUUGAUGCUUUGAGUGGUGAUUCAGUUAUGUUAAACUGCAAAGGAAACGGAAAACCUAACCCGACAGCUUCUUGGUCGGUUAUACAAGGAGACAUUACAGAGUUCACUGCAGUAUUGAAUCACGCCCCGCAUUUAAACGGAAGUUUGCAUUUGAGAGCCAUUGAAAAAGAAGAUGAAGGAACCUAUAAGUGUAAUAUUACCAACGGAAUAGGUCCAGCACUCGUUAAAACAAUUGUUGUUCGUGUAAUAGAAGGAAAUUCCCUUGGCAUCCAACCUUUCUCUUUUCCUUCGGAGUCAAUUGUUGGGAAGCGCGUAAGUGUAAUGUGCUCACCAAGCGCUGCAGAGAAAAUGCAGUUCAAGUGGCUUCGCAACGGGAAAGAAAUAACGAAAGGUCAAAAUCUAGAUAUCCGUUCUUUUUCCGACUUGUCAGCAUUAGUAAUUGAUCCUUUAACGGAAAGUGACACUGGGAACUACACGUGUGUUGUAAGUACACGAGGCCUUUCUGGUAGCUACACAGCUGUGUUAGAAGUAUUGGUUCCUCCUACUUGGACGGAAGCGCCAACAGAUAUCAAUGCCUUAAGUGGUGACUCUGUAGUGCUUAAUUGCAAAGGUACUGGAAAACCAUCACCAACGAUAUCUUGGUCUAAAAUGCAUGGUGAAAAUGUGGAUUUCGUUUCUAUUUCCAGCCAAGCAAAUGUUUUCAUCCAUUCAAAUGGCAGCUUGCAACUUGAGCCUGUAGAGAAAGAAAACGAAGGAACUUAUAGGUGUAAUAUUUCUAACGGAAUUGGUGCGCCUCUGCUUAAAACUAUUGCUCUUCGAGUAAUAGGCGAAGACAUUAUUACAAUUCAGCCAUUUUCUUUUCCAUUCGAUUCUUCCAUUGGUAAACGUGUAAGUGUUACUUGCACACCUUUAAUUGGAGAAAAAAUGAACUUUAAGUGGCUUCGGAACGGAAAAGAACUCGCUACUGGAAAACACAACGUUCACAUUCUGUCUUAUCCUCUCAUAUCAAACUUGAUUAUAGAUCCUCUUACACUGGAAGACAGCGGAAACUAUACAUGUGCUGUCAGCUCUAGAGGUUUGUCUGGAAGUUAUACAACAAGCUUAAAUGUCCUGGCUCCACCCACCUGGUUAACUACUCCGAAUGACUUAGAAGCACGGAGCGGAGAUUCUGUUACAAUUAACUGCAGAGGAUCAGGAAGACCGGAACCCACUGUUUCAUGGACUAAAAGCAGCGGUGACGAGUUAGAUGCAAUUUCUACAAUAAUACCUUCAAAUAUUCAAAUGAAUUCAAAUGGCAGUUUGCAUAUCUCAUCCAUCGCGAAGGAAGAUGAGGGCAUGUACAAGUGUAAUGUGUCGAACGGAAUCGGAGGCGCAAUAGUAAAAUCGAUAAUGAUUAAAGUAAUAGAUGGAAAUUUCAUCAAAAUUCAGCCUUUUUCUUUUCCAUCUGAUUCUUCUAUCGGCAAAAGAGUGAGUGUUACAUGUACCCCCUUGAUUGGUGAGAAAAUGGAGUUCAAAUGGCUUCGAAAUGGAAUAGAACUUUUUUCUGGAAAGCACAAUAUAAAUAUUUUAUCUCUGCCAUUGUUGUCAAGCUUAGUCAUAGAUCCGUUGACUUCUGAAGACAGUGGAAAUUACACAUGUGUAGCAAACGCUAGAGGUUCUUCAGGAAGUUUUACAACAGCGCUAGAUGUACUAGCUCCAUCAUCUUGGAUCAUUAUGCCAUCUGAUGCAGAUGCAAAAAGUGGUGAUUAUCUUUUGCUGCAUUGCAAAGGCACUGGAAAGCCGAUUCCAAGCGUUAUUUGGUCCAGAGCUUACGGUGACACUUCUAACUAUAUGGAAAUAACAGGAUCAGAAAAUAUUAUUUUGCACCGUAACGGCACCUUGCAAAUAGAUUCCAUUUCAAAGGAGGAUGAAGGCAUGUAUAAAUGCAACAUCAGCAAUGGCAUAGGAAAAGUCUUGAUAAAAACAGUCAUGGUGAAAGUUAUAGGACCAUUCAUUGAGCGUGGGAUUGCUGUAAAAUUAACUAUAAAAACUUUUGGCAUAAUCAAAGAAGUGUUAAAUAAAAGUUUCCCAAAAAUUGUUUUAAAAGAAGGAACAUGUGUCAGUGUUCAAAACAUGGUGACAAUUGCGCUCCAAGAAGUGUUAGAAAAGAGUGCUGAACCAAUUAAGUGUUCUGAAAAUGGUUCUCAGAAGUGUUUUGAAAGCCAUUCCAAAAGUGUGCAUCAUAAUGUUCUGAAUAAAGAGAUACGCGUCUGUGUUCAGAAAAUGUCAGAAGAUUUGCAAUGUACCUUGUUAAACGCAAACAGGUAA